AAUAGGCCUAUUAAAUUUAGACUGUCCUCUCCCUUCCUACUUAUUUACGGACAGAGCAUUUCUAAUGAAAUCAUAAGAUGAAGACUGAAGACGAAUUAAGCAUUCCACUGACUCCUGAAAGCCAGCGAUCAAAUUAUUCAUCCAUUGAUCAGGAUUUAGACAAGAAAUCAAACAAAGAUGUCGAUAAGAAGAAUAAAGAGUUAUCCAUUUCCUUUAGUCAACUAUUUAAUUAUGCCGAUUUUUGGGAUAUUAUCUUGAUUGUAUUCUCUUCUUUGUUAGCUUGUUUGCAUGGAAUAUCGAUUCCUAUUCUUGUUAAAAAAAUAGGCGAAGUUGUCGAGGAUUUCGUACAGCAGACGAACGAAAGUGAAAUUCGUAAGGAAUCAAAACAGAUAGCCGCUCUUGGAUUUGGAGUCUUUAUUGUCAGUUUUCUACAACUGGUAGGCUGGAAAAUAUCCUCUCAGAGGCAAAGUUAUAAAAUUAGAGAAGCUUUAUUUAAAAGAGUGCUACAAAGAGAGAUUAGUUGGUUUCAGCCUGCAAAUUUAAAAACAGCAGAAGGUUUAAUGUCGAAGACUCUAAGUUCCUUCGAAAGAGGUAUGGGUGAUAAUCUAGGUUUAGUUAUUCAUUGGUGUAUCACCUUUGGAGUUGCUUUGGUUAUUUCAUUCACUCUCAAUUGGAAGUUAGCCAUAGUUCUAUUUGCCGCAAGCUUUGUCAUUGCCUUCAUUAGUUUCUUAAAUAAGGUGAUAUGGUGUAAACUCUCUUUACGGGAGAGUGAAUGCUACAGUCAAGCUGAUGAUGUUGUGCAACAAGCCCUAGAUAACAUUGACACUGUUACUGCUUUUGAUGGCUCUGAGAAGGAAUCUUUGAAAUAUAAUGAUAAACUUCUCAACGUACAAAAUAUUUCAUUAAGAAAGAAUACAACAUUCGGUGUUUUUCUUGCUGUUAUGCUUCUCUUGGAGUUUGGCAGUUAUACUUUAGGUUUUUGGUAUGGUCCAAAAAUUCUCUAUGACAACAAAAAAUACGAUUUAAAAAAGAUAAUUACGAUUAUUUUCCUUAUGAGAAUUAUUUUACUCUUGUCAAUUGAGAGGAUAUGCGCGUAUUUAAAGCUUGUUAAUGAAUCAAAGGUUUCCGCUGCUUCCUUAUAUCCAUUAUUGCUGACAAAGCCAAGUUUUAGGGAUGGCGAAGUUCUGCCGAGCAUCAAGGGAAACAUAUCAUUCGAAAAAGUUUUUUACAAAGUUGAUAAUGAAAUAAUGUUAAAUGACUUCUCUUUCCAAAUCGAAAGCGGAGAGACAUUAGCUAUUGUUGAUAUAUCUAGAAAAUCUACUCAUCACAUCUUUGAACUACUUCUAAGAUAUCAUUUUCCAAAUAAUGGUCUUAUUAAAUUGGAUGGAUACGAUAUAUCAACCCUUAAUUGGAAAUGCCUACAAAGAGCUUGCGGAUUUUUACCAAAACUUCCGGAGGUAUUCUCAGUAUCUGUUGAAGAGAAUUUAAGAUUCGGCAACGAAAAUGCAACGAUAGAUGAAAUAACCGAAGUAUGCCGGUUAAUGGGUGUUUUUAACUAUAUAAAUAGCCUUCCACGUGGCUUUGAGACAAUAUUAGAUAAGGAAAUAUAUUUACCAGCAAUUGAAGCCAAAAAAUUAACUUUCGCUAGAUUAUAUUUGAGAAACUCUAAAAUUGUCCUUCUUGAUCAACCAUUCUUUAACUUAAAAAAUUCUGAAGCUACGAUUAUUCAGAAGUUAAUUGACGUUAUUAGACAAGAUAGAACUGUUAUUAUACUUGAAAAUGACUUGGAAAAAGUUAAAGAUUUCGAAAGAUUAAUUAUCACAUCUGGAGGAGAGAUUCUAGAGGAGGGUACUAUUGGUGCUUUACAAGCUGACGAAGAGAGUCUAUAUUCAAGGCUAACUAGUACUGAAGGAGAAAAAGACAAUGCAGAUGAAGAAGAUACUUGUUCCGCUUACGAUUCAAUGGAAAUGUUUGAAGCGGAGGAUGGUAUCGAUAGAUCUAACUCGAAUUUACAUGGACUUUUAAGAAAGAAUUAUACCAAGACUUUUGCCCUGGUUUGUGGAAUAUUGUUUUCGUUAAUAUGUGGGGCUGUCAUUCCGACUUUUGCCAUUAUCUUUUCAAAGAUUCUGGGAAAUUUAAAAGAUAUCGAAAAAAGAAACUACUUUUCAUACCUUUUCUUAGCUCUUGGAGGAAUAGCUUUCAUUGCAUUUUCACUUAAAGCAUAUUUCCUUUCUAAAUUUAGCAUUGCUACUACAGCUCGACUUAGAACUACGUUUCUAAAAGGUCUUCUAAACCAGGACAUUGCAUAUCUAAAAAAUCCUAAUACGAAUAUUAAAGACUUGAUUGAUUUAUUAACCGAAGGUAUAGAAGACAUAGAAAAUUUAAUCAAGAAUAGGAUGGGAACAUCCUUCCAAUCAUUGGCAGCCUUCAUAUCGGGAUUUGUAAUAGCAUGCAUUUGUUCUUGGAAAAUUGCCUUACUAGGUCUAGGGUUUCUCAUCUUUACCUUUGUUAUUCUUCACCUUGAGUCAAGAUUAAAUUCCUCAAUGUUAAACGAUAAUAAAGCUGGUACGGAAAGCGUUAAAUUAAUAUUAAAUGAAACGUUUCAAAAUGUAAGGACCGUUACUCAAUUUGGAAAGGAAGACUGGAUGAUUCGAAGAUUCAAAGCGGUCUUUGAUAAGAAUUACUGCUGGAAUAUUGUUAAAUGUAUUUUUUUAUCUCUUCUACGAAGUCUGGUUUUUUCCCUUAUCUUUUUCGCUCUAGCUGCCUCGUUUAUCUUAUCAGUCAAACUGAUAAGAGACGACAAAAUAGAUUACGUAGACGUCUUUAGGUCGAUAACGGCCAUCCUCAUAGGCAUCCUUGUGGCAUUAUAUUUCCAGGCUAUUGAUCGGUUUAAUUACUCAAGGUCAAUAGAUAAUAUCAAAAAGCUAUUAGCCUUAUUGUGCAAAAAACCAUCCGCAUUGGACGCCCAAUCAAAAAUAGGAAUUCGGCCAGGCUCAGUCUAUGGAAUCCUAUCCUUUCAGGAUGUUUGGUUCUCCCAUCCCGCUACGCCGGAUGUUCCUAUCCUGAGAGGAGUAAAUUUCAGAGUGAAAAAAGGAGAAUCUCUAGCUUUGGUAGGUGACGUUGGAAAAAAUACCUGCUUUAGUCUGUUGGAGAGAUUUUAUGAUCCUACAAGGGGAUUAAUAUCAUUGGAUGAUAAUCCAAUAGAGCGAUUGAAUACGAAAUGGUUGAGGAAUCAAAUCGGGUUGGUUGAUGGAAAAGGAUUUAUUUUUGAUGGCACCAUCGCUGAUGCCAUAGCCUACGGGGAUAACUCGAGAUUGGUUGAUAUGGAUGAAGUCAUUAAUGCCGCUAAGAAAGCUAAUGUCCAUGAUUUUAUAGCCAACUUACCACACGGAUAUUUUUCAAUAAUUGGAAAACGAGGAUAUAAGCUAUCUCUGAACCACCUUCAGAGAAUAUGUAUUGCCAGAGCAUUACUUAGACGUCCAAAAAUAUUAUUAUUGGACAAUGCAACAUCAUCAUUAGAUAUUGAAAGUGAAAUUAUAGUUCAAGCAGCCCUGGAGGAAGGUCAGCGGAACAGAACGACAAUAAUCAUCUCUGACCGGUUGUCGUCCAUCCAUAACGCUGAUAAAAUCGCCGUCAUUAAGCAGGGUCGCAUCGUCGAAAUGGGCGAUCACUCUACGUUAAUAGACAAAAGCGGAAUAUAUUAUUCAAUGUAUGUUGCCGAAACCAAAACAUUUAAUUAAACGCUGUUUAUUUUAACUUGUGUCAAUAUACAUGUAAUAUAUACUGUCUUUAUGUUUUUGUAAUCAGAUUUUUCAGACAAUUAAUGAUUGUGUUGCGGCUGUAGAAUUUAAUCAUAGAGAAUUAUAUAUAUAUAUAAAAAUAACAAGUAUUUGUUCACUAAAAGAAAGAAAUUAGAGAGUAAAUGAAAGUUUUCUUAAUCUUUUAAGAGUUGACAUAAAAGCUUAUCAGAUAAGAAAAUGUCAAAGGAAAAGUGACGCCGCUUACUUGUCUAUUAUAUAUUUAAUGCAGUCUAUAAAUAAUAAUUAUAUCUAUGUUAACUAUGCUAAAGAAAGACUUAUUCCUGAAGGAUAGUGAAUUAUAGUCACCUGAUGUUACUAACGUAAUAAAAUAAUCUUCAUUGGGAAAAAAUGGUAGGCCUAUUAAAAGAAAGCUCCACUAUGUUUUAAUAAUUUAAAAACAAAAAUUAGUUUUUCAAAACGUAUCUUAUUCUUGUUGUAAAUAUACUUCAAAGUUGAGCACUAGGACUUGG